CUGGAUAUUGUGGUAGUUUCGAUGCCAUUCAAUCAUUUUGCAAAUUGAAAUCCUAAAUGAUUAGUUACAGGUGCCCUUUUUAGAUAUUGAAUUAUGUAAAUGUUACUCAAUUUUGAGGUUAGAUACAUUACUUCUUUUUCUCUCUUCUUGGCUUAACGACCUCUGAAGAAAUGCCGGACAUUUCUAGCCUUCUGGACUUAUUUUUAACAAAUAGCCGGAUACUCAGUUCUUGGUUUGAAACAAAAUUUGGCAUUCUGAACUACAAAUCCAGUGCUUUCUCCAUCGAAGAACAUUCAACUCAACAAAUCUUGAGUAACCCUGCGACCUCAUCCAAAGCCUCCAAAUUUCAACCGCGAGGUGCCGGCACGCACCGCAACUUUAUUCAAACGUAGCAUUAUGUUGCAUGACAUUUCCUCCGCAACAACGGACCGAUUGUUGCAUCGACGUAAAGGUGGAACGAAAGAAACUUUGGCAUCCACUACCAUUUCCAUAGUGACCCGGGUGCAGAACGCACGCGUCACGGAAAAGAAGUUGAAGCGGUGGAAAGUGGACGCACAACACCCAUUGUUGUAGCAUUGAUUUCGCGCAUCGUUCCACAAACCGACUGCGCACGGUUCAGUCAACGUUGGGACGUCAAGCAAAAGGGUGUACACCUGCGGAACACAGCACGAACGUACGAAACGCUGUACGCCGGUUCAGUGUGUAGGUUUUGGGGUAUUCGAAUCAGCUGAUACCGGGUUGGAAGUUGGAACCCACGGUAAUACAGUAUGGAGUCGAAUGUGACCGAAACUGUUGGGGAGUCGCUGCAGCAACAGCUUGACCAUUGGUAUACCUUCUUGGUGGAGGAUCUGAGCGAUAAGCGUGCGGCACACCUACCAUUCCUGCACAGUCCACUAUGGCCAUUGUCGGUGCUCACCGUCUACUUCCUGCUCGUGUUCUACUGGAUACCGCACUACAUGCGCGAUCGCAAACCGUACGAUCUGCGCAAACUAAUGCUGGCGUACAACGUGUUCCAGGUGGUGGUGUGCUACUGUCUGAUCCGGCAGCUCGUACGGCACGGCUGGACAUUCCGCUAUCUGUACACGUGCGAGCUGGCCGACUACUCGACCAGCAAGGACGCGAUCGGGUUCCUGCACGCGGCCUAUCUCAACUACUGCGUCAAAUCGGCGGAGCUGGUUGAGACGGUGCUGUUUGCGCUGCGCAAGAAGCGCAGCCAAAUUUCCUUCCUGCAUGUGUACCAUCAUGUGUUCACCUAUUUGUUGGCCUGGAUCUUCGCCAAGUACGUUGGAGGAAGCAUGCUCACGUACACAAUCAUCGUUAAUUCGCUGGUGCACAUGUGCAUGUACUCGUACUAUCUGCUUGCAGUCAUACCGAACUAUGUGCCGUUUUCGUUGAGCAAGCUGAAACGAUAUAUCACCGCACUACAGAUUAUACAGCUAGGGAGCAUCCUGGUGAACAUCAUGUUCGCCAUGCGAAGUAGUUGCGCCAUUCCGCGUACCCACAUCCUGCUUUAUGCACCGUACAUGGUUGUGCUCAUAUCGAUGUUCAUCAACUUCUACAUGAAGACGUACAGUGGCAUCACCAAGGCACUUAACGUUUGCUACACCGACGGUGGCGUCCUUAGGAAGACUAAAUAGUGUACGAGUGUACACUAUUUGGAUGUGUUAUUAAAACCAGUGUUUACCAGAAAGUGUAAAGUGAGCGACGGAAGUGAGAAAUCCUACUUUAAGCACAAACAAACUUCCACUGAAAGUGAUGGAAUUUCGCAUUCGAAUUUCCGAUUAUCCGUGGAAUUUAAUUAGUUCCCAGUGAUCCCCGAAAAAAAAAAACAAACAACACGAAGUGCUACUGCUGCCAUGCGGGAAUAGUGGGUAAAGGGAAACGGGCAAUGGGAUGAAGGGCUGGAGGGACGAGUGUCAACAUUCUACAUAGCAUUUGCAUUGACAAACUGAUGCAAAAUUAAUUGCACACUUAUUUCUUUUCAACUUUGUACCGCACGCGCACACCCGUGACCCUACACGACACGGCUGUAGAUACAUUUGAUUCUGUUGGGUGAUUUCAGGCAGCCUACACUCUUGCACAUAUAUUAUGCGGAUGAAUAAUAAUUAGGCUUUCCGCUUCCUUAUCGGUGAACCGGCGUGAUCAACCGAAUGAUAUGAUUUCACGAAUUGUUCCGCACAACAGGCAAAAAGCUCUACUAUUAUGCAUUAAAUGUAUAAACACUUAGCAUUUUCAAUUGCGGUCCGCGAUUGGUACUGCGUUUGAUACUAUUAAAUUAUCUGCUUAGCUUGUAAGAUCCACUAUCGUAAAGCGAGAGGGAAAAGAAAAAGCUUUUAAACAAUUUGUGCAACACAAUAAAGAGAGCAAUAGCAAUAUAGUAAAAGCAGUGAUCGCCGCAAGUUAUGUAGAAAUAAAAACGAAACGCAACGAACGAUCGAGAAAUGAUUGAUCAAAAAUAUAA